AUGAACCCUAAUCUCGUACACACAGCUCAACGCUGCCUCCCACAGAAAAGCCUCCUGCAAAUAAUUCGCCACGAUUCUAGUCAGAACAAAAGCCCCCAACACCAGAAUAUCCUUCCUUGUGCCCAUCAAACUCGCAGCGCCCAUUGCGGAGGAGAGUUUUCCGGCCAAAGGGACGAUUUUGGAAAGCGAGUAGACAGAAACGGCGCUGCACAGCCAUCCGGAGAGGAUCGGCCGCCAUUCCGGUUGCAGGUAGGGUUUGAGUGCGGUGACGGAGGCGAGUUUGAUCAGCGGAGAGAGGCGACCGCCGGGUUCGGCGGCGCUCGCCGCGAGUGCGGAGAAUGGUUUGAUGGGGAAACGAACCGGACAGCGGCUGGUGUGCAAUAUUUGGCCAUGGCUGAAUGUGGGGAUUUUGAGGUUGAGGUGAAAGAGGGAAGGGGAUCGAGAGGAAGAAUAUGGCGGAACUUCUAUAACAAAAAUAGAGUAUAUAACAAGUCUCAUUUCUCUCUGAGUUUCCUGGUUAUGGCGAAGAUUGAACCGGCAACAGCCACCACAAUCCCUGUAAUAACGAACACGAUCCAAUACAGUGGCCUACUUACACAAUCUGCAGAAAUCGAGUCAGCCAAGAAAUCCUUCUCAGAGCAUGGAUUCAACUCUUUGUCUACAUCAACGGCUGGAAAUCCCUCGGAGCUCAUAUUUGGGCUGCAUCAUAGUAAUAAUACCUUCAACAUCACCAGGUUUCUCAGUGCAAAUUGCCACAUAAUGCAAAUUAGCCAAUUCCAACAGCACAAAUUGCCAAUUACUUGUAAUGUCAGUAGUUUCGUCGAGAGACUCCACAAUUAUUUCAGAAGCCUGAGAGCAAUGCCGGCAAAUUACACCAAAAUAAUGUACUUUCGAGCAUUCAUUAAGGCAAAAGCUAGAACCGAGAGGACUAUUUCGGUUGAAGUUGAAGAAAAUGUAAGGGAAUCUAAUAUUCAGAUGAUACAGAUGCCAAUCAGAGAACCAUGA